AUGGAAGAGAGCAAAGAAAAUAGUGAACUACAGCACAUACCAGAAUCAAAAAAAGAACAAGUAGAAAAUUCUGUUGAAAUAAAAAUUAAAACUUAUGAAAAGGAGGUAAAUACAAAACAAUUAAAAUUAACUCAACAAAACGGAAAUUUAAUUAAUUCUGAAAAAUCAAAAAAAGAGAAUAAUGAAGAGGAAAUUAUUAAACCUGAUGUUCGGCAAUUGAAUACUUUAAUUUUUACUUUAUAA